GGCAGGUUGCACGUUGAAGAUUGGUGUCGCAACUUUUCCUGCGAAUUCAGGUGCUUUUCAGGUGGCAGUACUGACAUGGAGGGAAAGGAAUGGCUAAUAUAGAAUUCUCAAUUUUUUUUGCGAAUCCAGGAUAUACAAAAUGACAAAAUAAGCGAGAUUGACUGGAUUCUCAAUUUUUUUUGCGAAUUCAAAACACUAUAAGUUCAUAACUUGAAACUCCUGAGUCUCAUAACUUUCUUCUACGAAAAAUACACUUGAAUAUUUUCAAAACUUCAAUCUCCUGCAUUUCAUAACGUUUUUGUAACCCAAAAAAACCUUUGCAAUGGAUCAAGUUAUUACUUUUGUGUAUUACGAUGGUAGGGUUGUCCAUGGCGACCAAGGUGCCAUAUUUGAAGGUCGGAGAAGGUCCAUGCAUCUGAAGCGAAACAUAACCUUCGACCGUUUGAAGAAGAAAAUCCACGAAAGGUUGAAGCUGCAAAGGAACCAGAUGAUUUCUAGAGUCAGCUCUAGAUUUAUGACGACACCGAAUCCCAUUUUUUUUACGCAUUUUGAGAUAGUUGAUAAUGUUGAUGUUCAAGUCAUGAUGGAUGCAUUUAGUCAGCAGUCAUAUAUGGUUCAGCUGGAGCUGUAUGUUGAAGUUACUGAAGCUGGAAGUUCAUCAAUGUCAGUGCCGACGUAUCUAUCGUCUACUCAACCGAGACCCACUGAAGACGGUGGUAGACAUGUUGUUGAUGAGGAGCUUCAUGCAGAACCAUAUACUGUGCCUUUUAGCGUUAUGAGUAUUGAAGAGGCCAAUAUCGUCGUUCCUUCGGAUGUCGCAGUUAAUUUGGGCGAUGAUUAUGACUACCGCCUUGACAAUGAUAAUGUGGACGGUGAAGUCAUUCCUUCAUACGAUGACCACAAUGAAGAUGAAAGAAUGCAAGAAGGAGGUGACGAGUCUGACACAGACGAAGAGGGAGACCGACACGCUAAUCCUCAGCCUCAGAUGGCACUUCAUCCUGCUGAUCAACUUGCGGCACCAGUGAAUGUCAAUGUUGAAACUCAAGGGCACCCAAACACGGCCCCAUUCUGGAGUGCUUCUUCGCAUUAUACAUAUAUUAACUGGGAUCACCCAGAUGAAGAAACUGAUUUUUAUCCUGAAACGGAUGUGUAUGGAUCAUGGAAGCUUGGUGAUGACUUAUGUAAAGGGUUGAUUUUUGAAAACAAGCGUGCUGUACAUGAUGCCCUGUUACACUAUUGUCUUAGACUAAAUCAAACUUAUAAGAUGAGUGAAUCCAAGCCAGAGUACUUUACUGCAAAGUGUCAGAAAUCCGUAGAUGGCUGCCCGUGGAGGAUAAGGGCACAUCUAUCCAAGAAAAUUGGUAAAUGGACCAUAUCCAAAUGGGGGGUUCGCAUACAUGCUUAAAUGCAAUGACUUCUCAAGACCACAAGAAGAUGACGUCCACCUUCAUGUCCAACUACAUUCUUGGCAUGGUAAGUGCCCAACCAACUAUCCCUAUUUCCCUCAUACAAGAGAGGAUAAGUGGUCAGCUCAAUUAUAAGGUAUCAUACUUUAAAGCUUGGAAGGCGAAGCAAAAAGCACUUGCUCGCGUGUUCGGUGAUUGGGAGGAGUCUUACGACCUGCUCCCUAGGUGGUUGGAAUAUAUGCUGAGGUUUUCCCCUGGAUCCCAUUACGAGUUUGUCACAACUGACUAUAAGGACCAGUAUGGCAAUGUUGUUCCUGAUUUCAAGAAAUUUGGUCGAGUGUUUUGGACGUACAAACAAUGUUGUGACGCAUUCAACUAUUGCAAGCCAAUGAUACAAAUUGAUGGCACAUUCCUCUACGGAAAGUAUAGUGGAACUUUGCUUAUUGCCACGACACAGGACGGGAACAGUAAUGUGUUGCCUUUAGCUUUUGCAAUUGUGGAGGGAGAAACACUCGGUGCUUGGACGUGGUUUCUUCGUCUGAUGCGUGUGCAUGUCACCAGGAAACAAGGGAUAUGUCUAAUAUCAGACAGACACGCCAGCAUUCUCUCAGCAGUGGGGAAUCCGUCUAACGGGUGGCAGCCACCAAACGCUUAUCAUGUGUAUUGCAUUCGGGCACGUUGCCAGUAAUUUCAACAACAGGUUUCACAACACAGAGCAAAAAAAUGAACUGAUAAAUAUGGCUUACGAGCCUUGCCCAUAUCUUUUCGAGCAACGCUUAGCGGCUUUUCGAGGGCACAACACAGCUGUCCGGCAAUGGAUAAAUGACAUUAGCAAUGAGAAAUGGAGCCGAGCUUGUGAUGUGGAAGGUCGUAGAUAUGGCCACAUGACCACGAACUUAUCUGAGGCUGUGAACAAAGUGUUCAGGGGUGCUAGAAACUUGCCUAUCACUGCACUUGUUAAAUGCACAUAUGGCAGGCUUGUGGAAUAUUUUGUGCAGCGAGGUUCUGCAGCAGCAGCACAACAAAGAGCCGGCGACAUAUAUUGUAACAAGGUUAUGGAGGCCAUGACAAAGAAUGCGACGAUUGCCCAGUCUCACAUUGUGCGGACAUAUAGCAUAGAUAGGUCCAGGUUCGAAGUAGAGGAGGGAUUCAACCAGCAGAACCAUCGCAGUGGUUAUACGUGGCGACUGAACUUAGAUGAAAGAACUUGCGAAUGUGGACGCUUCCAGACGUUCAAAUAUCCUUGUUCACAUGUGAUCGCCGCGUGCGCCAACCAGAGUUUAGACUAUCUUCAAUAUGUGGACCCUGUUUAUACGAUUCAGAACAUUGUGGAUGCGUAUUCAGGGCAGUGGUACCCCAUUGGGAAUGAUCUGAACAUGCCGCCCAGAGCUGGGCCUAGAAUUGCUCCAGAUCCUGCCAAAAUACGGAAGAAGGGUCGUCCAAGGUCUACCCGUAUAAGAAAUGAGAUGGACUUGAGGGAGAAUCAAUCUCAGCCGAGUCGGAGAUCGGUGUCACUACAAAGAUAAAUAUGUUGCUUUAAUUGUGCAAGCUCUUAAAUUAAUCACCGUGUGUAAGCUUGAAGUGUAGUCCAAAUGCA